UCUCACGCUAAAUUUUAGUUAAACCUGUGUCAGUUAAACCUGUAUUUAUUUGUGAUGUGUUUAAACGAUGAGGUUAUCUUAUUGUAACGUACUGUAUAUUGUUUAUUUAUAGGAUUGUGUUGGCAACCUCUUGCUUACAAAUGCAAGGUAACAUGAAUCCUGUAGUCUAGCUACUUUGCAUGGGGGGAAAACUGUCUGAAAUACGAAGUGGAAAAGGAUUAAACACUUGCCAUGAACCUUUCGGAUUUUUACCUGUUGGCCGCUCUGGUUUCCUGCUUUUGGUUACACCCUGGUAUAGCCCAAGAGCUUAUCUACACUAUUAGGGAAGAGUUGCAAGAAAAUGUUCUCAUUGGAAACAUACCAAAAGAUCUGAACAUUUCCCAUACUAUGGCUGCCACUGGAACAAGUGCUAACUUGGUCUACAGGCUGGUUUCAAAAGCUGGAGAUAAACCAUUGCUCAGAGUUUUAAGCAGUACUGGGGAGAUCUAUACAACUUCCAAUCGAAUUGACAGGGAGCGACUCUGUCCUGGCCCCUCCUAUGAAGAAAAUGAAUGUUCUUUUGAGAUUGAGGUGGUCAUCCUGCCAAAUGACUAUUUCAGGCUGAUUAAAAUUAAAAUUAUCGUCAAGGACACCAACGACAAUGCCCCCAUGUUCCCCUCUCCAGUUAUAAACAUUUCCAUCCCGGAGAACACCCUAAUUAAUAGCCGCUUCGCCAUUCCUUCAGCCACUGACCCAGACACCGGCUUUAACAGUGUGCAGCACUACAAGCUUGUGAAUGGGCAAAGUGCCUUUGGCUUGGACAUUGUAGAAACGCCAGAGGGGGAGAAGUGGCCCCAGCUGAUUGUACAGCAGAACUUAGACAGGGAACAGAAGGAUACAUAUGUAAUGAAGGUUAAGGUAGAAGAUGGGGGCAACCCCCAGAAGUCCAGUACAGCGAUCCUUCAGGUAACAGUAACCGACGUUAAUGACAACAAGCCUGUUUUUAAAGAUAAUCAGAUUGAGGUCCACAUUCCAGAGAACUCUCCUGUGGGCACGUCUGUGGUGCAGCUUCAAGCCACAGAUGCAGAUAUAGGGCUCAAUGCUGACAUCAGAUAUGGUUUUGGUGCCCAGGUUUCCACGGCCACAAAAAGACUCUUUGCUUUGAACACCACCUCUGGCCUCAUAACUGUGCAGCGACCUUUGGACAGAGAAGAAAUCGCUAUCCACAAAUUGACAGUACUGGCCAGUGAUGGCAGUUCUAGCCCAGCAAAAGCCACGAUAACUAUUAAUGUGACAGAUGUGAACGAUAAUCCCCCAAACGUAGACCUGAGGUAUAUUAUCACUCCAAUUAAUGGCACAGUUUUCUUGUCUGAGAAAGAUCCUAUCAACACCAAGAUCGCUCUGAUCACAGUCUCUGAUAAGGACACAGACGUCAAUGGGAAAGUGAUUUGCUUUAUCGACAGGGAUGUCCCUUUCCACCUGAAAGCAGUGUAUGACAACCAAUACCUGUUAGAGACAUCAUCACUGCUUGAUUAUGAAGGCACCAAAGAGUACUACUUUAAAAUAGUGGCGUCUGACUCUGGCAAACCAAGCCUAAAUCAAACAGCUUUAGUUAGAGUAAAGCUGGAAGAUGAAAAUGAUAACCCUCCCAUUUUCACUCAGCCUGUAAUUGAGUUGGUCGUCAUGGAGAACAAUAAACGAGGAUUGUUUCUCACCACUGUCAGUGCCACAGAUGAGGACAGUGGCAAGAAUGCAGAGAUUGUUUACCAGUUAGGGCCCAAUGCCUCCUUCUUUGACUUGGAUCGUAAAACAGGGGUGUUAACAGCGUCAAGGAUUUUUGACAGAGAGGAGCAGGAAAGGUUUCUGUUUACUGUCACAGCGAGAGACAACGGGACGCCUCCUCUUCAAAGCCAGGCAGCCAUAAUCGUGACUAUACAGGAUGAGAAUGACAACAGCCCCAAGUUCACUCAUAAUCACUUCCAGUUUUUUGUGUCAGAGAAUUUACCAAAGUACAGCACAGUGGGGGUGAUCACUGUCACUGAUGCCGACGCUGGAGAGAAUGCUGCCGUAACUCUCUCCAUAAUGAGUGACAAUGAAAACUUCAUCUUAGAUCCUUAUUCUGGAGUUAUAAAGUCCAACGUUUCUUUUGACCGAGAGCAGCAGAGCUCUUACACCUUUGAUGUCAGGGCAGAGGACAGUGGGCAACCCCCUAGUUCAUCUUCUGCCAAAGUGACCAUAAAUGUAAUUGAUGUCAAUGAUAAUACCCCUGUUGUGAUUUUUCCCCCGUCAAACACGUCAUUCAAACUGGUUCCUCUCUCGGCUAUUCCUGGGUCAGUGGUUGCAGAGGUCUUUGCACUGGAUGGGGACACAGGGAUGAAUGCUGAGCUGAAAUACACCAUUGUGAAUGGGAAUAACAAGGGCUUGUUCAGGAUUGACCCUGUGACUGGAAACAUUACCCUUGAAGAGAAGCCGGCUAUUACUGACAUUGGGCUCCACCGCCUGGUAGUCAACAUCAGUGACUUGGGUUACCCAAAGUCCUUGCACACCCUUGUGAUGGUUUUCCUUUAUGUGAAUGACACGGUGGGAAAUGCCACCUACAUCCACGAACUCAUCCGACAAACUGUGGAGGCCCCUUUGGAUAAAAACAUUGGUGACAGCAGUGAGACCUAUCAGAGCAGGGACUACUUGACAAUUAUGAUCGCUAUUGUGACAGGGGCUAUGGUUGUAAUAGUGGUCAUAUUCUUUACUGUCCUGGUGCGCUGCCGCCACGCCUCGAGGUUCAAGGCGGCUCAGAGGAAGAAACAGGGGGCGGAGUGGAUGUCCCCAAACCAAGAGAGCAAACAGAGCAAAAAGAAGAAGCGAAAGAAAAGGAAGUCGCCCAAGAGCUCCUUGCUCAAUUUCGUCACCAUCGGGGAACCCAAACCCGACGACCCUGUACACGAACCCAUUAAUGGCACAAUAAGCCUUCCAGCUGAGCUGGAAGAGCAGGCUAUGGGGCGCUUUGACUGGAACACCAUGCCUACAACAACAUUUAAACCCAGCAGCCCUGACCUUGCCAGGCACUACAAGUCUGCCUCACCACAAUCUGCUUUCCACCUCAAAGCCGACACUCCGGUCUCCGUGAAAAAACACCAUGUCAUUCAGGAACUCCCCCUGGACAAUACCUUUGUUGGGGGUUGCGAUACCCUGUCGAAGCGGUCCUCCACUAGUUCGGACCACUUCAGUGCCUCUGAAUGCAGUUCCCAGGGAGGGGUCAAGACAAGAGGUCCUUUGCACAACAGACAGGGAUCUUUAACCAGAGCCCAAACUGAACUGAAUCCUGAAUAUCUGGACCUCCGAUCCCGACCUGAACUGAAUCCUGAAUAUUGGGUCCCAUGCACACCUUUAUCGCAGCGGCGUGUAACCUUCCACUUGCCUGAUGGCUCCCAGGAAAGCUGUAGUGACAGUGGCCUGGGAGAGCAUGAGCCGACCUGCACCGGAGGGCCCCUCUCACAUCCCCUCCCUCUGGUGCAGCCACAGGACGAGUUCUGCGAACAGUCCUCCCCUGACAAGAGGACCGAAGCCGACGGGAACUCUGACCCCAACUCUGAUGGCCCUCUGGGACCCAGAGGACUCGUUGAAGCCACUGAGAUGUGUACCCAAGAAUGCCUGGUGUUGGGUCACUCAGACAACUGUUGGAUGCCACCAGGUCUUGGGACUUACUCCUCCAACUCUCCCCUUUCCACCUUUGUCAAUCACAGUGAAUGGGCCAAAGACAAACUCCUAACCGGGAGCACGCUGACAAGAACCUGGGACAAAAAUGGCCCCCGGGACCAGUUUGGGGACAGGAAGGAUUUUGGUGGUGCUGAGGGACAUUUUACCAACAGCAGUCACAUCAAAGACAUUCCUUUGGCAAGCCUGAAAUCCUGCACACAGGUCUGCAUGAGCGACAGCGCAAAGGAACACCAGCUUUAAAUAAAUGCU